CACUUUUUUGUGAUAUCACGCGGCAUAAAAACAUAGGGUCAACGUUUUCCUGCACUUUCGAGACACUUUCAUCAAGGGCGGCGCAACAUGAAGACCAACUUUUUAGGAUUGGUCCUUUUUGUUUGUUUGGCCGUGAGCUCGGCCAAGCCCAUGAAUCGAAUGGUUCGUCGGUCAAGUGAGGACGCUGGAAGAAUUUUCUAUCCUGAUCCAUUUUUACCACCCUAUCCUCCACCCUAUCCUCCACCCUAUCCAUAUCCUCCGCCAGACUUCUUUGGCCCACCCGCCGUCCCCGUUCCAGUUCCAGUGCCGGUGCCAGUUCCAGUUCCUGCGUAUCCAUAUCCACCUUUUUACGACGAGGUUAACGCCAACGGCAGGGCAAUAAGAUCCAAACGAGAUCAACCCUUUCGCCGAAUUUUCAAAUCAGCUCAAAAGAUGAGGCUGACAAAGCAGUGAAAAUGGUCAAAAUCAAUGGAAUUAUACAUAAAAAAAAGCAGCACUUAUUUGAUUGAAUUAUAAAAAUUCACCUAA